CGAAAUGAAAGAUAUACCACAAAGCGUCUCGAAACUUAUAGAUGACUGGCUGAUAAGAUUAUGAGUGACCUGUAAGAUGAGAACAGUUUGACAUAGCCAGUCUGAUAGAUCAAGAAAUAUGUGAAUUUAUCGAAUCUCUGUGGAACAAAUAGCUUAUUCUAUACUGUUGUUUAAUGCAAAUUUUUUAUAAGGCCAGACGACGAUUUUAUAACUAAUAUAUCAGAUUGUCGAAAAUUGUGAAAUACCAGCACCUGAAGACGCGAAGGAUCGAGAAAUAAUGGCGGUAAAGCGAUCUAGUUAAAAUGUUUAUUAAUUGGUAUAGACUUUAACGCUGAAAUGUAAUCAGAUGACUUGAUAAAAAAGAAAUCUACAUUUCGUGUUUCAGUUAGACUUGGAGCAGUAAAUCUUUUUCAGCAUCAGAAGGCCUGAAAAAUAUUUAGGACCUUUGCCCACUUUGAAAGACCUAUUAUCACACAACUUUAGAAGCCGUCAAACUCAAAGCAUUGGACUGAGAUCCAGGUAUAAAGGCAUUUAUACAAAUUUGUUUAAACUUGAGAGUAUAUUGGUUUUAGCUUUUUUCAACAGUGUUCAAAUACUAAAAGAUGACUAAAAUGUGUUUUUAAAGAAGGCUUAGACAUUUGUGUUUGUUCGGAAUUACCAGAAUCGUCAUUGUCUAAUUGUAUUUAGAGAAAAAGAAAAAGUCACUUUUAGUACAGGAUCACUCGUUUUCUUCAACGGUAAUCUUAAUACCUGCUUUAUCAUGAUGAAAACUGAGUUAUCGAAACAAAAUGUAGAAAGAUCGAGAGAAAAAAAAUCAUGAAAUAACAGCAGAAGCGAAUUCUAAGACAACACAACGUAGCCUCCAUCAUGGGAAACAGGAUGAACAAGGUCCUACCAGGUUUAUACGUUGGAAAUCUACGAGACUCAAAGGACCAGGAGCAACUAAGAGAAAACAACAUAUCUCACAUAAUUUCUAUUCACGACAAUGCCAAGAAAGUGCUUGAGGACAAGACGUACCUUAUUAUCCAAGCGUCUGAUUCGCCCUGUCAAAAUCUGACUCAAUUCUUUCCCCGGUGUAACGACUUUAUCCACAGUGCUCGGACGAACGGAGGGAAUGUUUUAGUUCACUGUUUAGCAGGCAUGUCCAGAAGCGUAACAGUGGCCGUAGCGUACAUCAUGUCUGUGACGUCACUGGAUCACAAGACUGCUCUGAAGGUUGUGCGAGGAGCCAGGAAUGUGGCUAACCCUAACUUUGGCUUCCAGAAACAAUUACAAGAAUUCGAAACCAGGAAACUUUCCGAGGAAAGAAAACGAUUAAGAAGCAAGUUUACGUUGGGAUCACUCGAAGAAGACGAAGAGGAGUGUCGAAAACUUCUGUUACUUUAUAACAAUACCGUGGUGCCCCAGAACCCCAGCACCUCGACUCAUGUCUCAUAAAAAAAGAUUCCCCUUUUUUUACUCUGAUUGGAAACCACUUGUAGAGUCUUUAAAGUUUAACCAAUAUUUUGUGACGUCUUCUGCGAAUAUAUAUUAAUCACUCAAUUAAUGUAAGUUUUUUUUUUGUCACUAGAUGGUGCUCUAAACUUUUUUAGAGCACGACUGCAACUGGAACUUUGCAUUGAAAAAUUUAAUUUUGUCUUUCUCAGUUAGUGGGGUUUUCUUCUAAAAACAAAAACAAGCAAAACACUGAUACCUUUUAUAUAACGCAAAUGUUGACUCAUUGCUAGGUUUUUCAUGUAAUCGUUUUAUAUUGGAAGUGUGGUACGCAAAUGUUGACUCAUUGCUAGGUUUUUCAUGUAAUCGUUUUAUAUUGGAAGUGUGGUAUAGAUCUCUAUUUAUCAUUGUGCUUACUUCAUGACGUAAUUUUAGAUAUGCGAGUAAUUCGUAUAUUUAAUUAGGUUUAUAGGAACAUUAAAAGAAAGUACUGAUUUAAUUCAGAUUAUCUUUUUUUUUAGUGUCUCCCUCUAAGUAUAAAACCUGAACAAUAUCAACUAUAUUUUAGAUACUAGAAGAGAAAGUAGUCUUAGUUGACUGGGUUCUUUGUUGUACUGCUGAAGUUUGUGGUGUAAAAUAAGAACCGUUCGUUGUUCGAAGACGUAAUAUCAGAUUUUCGUUAUAUAAACUUUUUUUCAAGCUAACACAGUGAUUUUGUUUCACCUUUUCGAAGCCCUUGUACUUUAUAUUUUGGCUAUACUCGUACUUACCAUAAUCCGAGAGACAGGCAGUUCUAGAAAGGCUUGUUAUAUUAGUGCAAGUCCUAUUUUUGUGAUGAGUGUUUUAGAUUUAUCUUUAAGGAAAAGCCAAACAGGAAGAUGUUUUAUUAUGAUCUAUUCAAUGUUGUAGCUGCACCAGUAACGUCAUAUGAUGGUGCUAUACUUGAGCUAAUAAUGAUAAAAACUAGAUGAAUGUUUAACUCUAUUGUAUUUAUUCGGCAGACUUCAUAAUAAAAGUAAGAAAGAAGUGAAAUUUAAAAGUAUUUUGGGGUCAAUUUUUUCGAAUCGGGAACACUUGCAAAGUUUCUAUACCGAAGUGUUUGUUUAUUUGUUUCUGAAUUUAGCGCAAAGCUAUACAAGGGCUAGCUGCGCUAGCCG